CCUUUAAAUGAACUGUACGUGCAAAGAUGGCAGCUCAAGUCGACUUGCUCCGUGCCAAAGUAGAAGAGGAGAAGGUGAGGGACAGCCUGGACAGACUCAUCAGAGAGAGGAAGAAGAAGAAGAGGAAGGAGCUGUCGCCGCCGGCUGACAAACGGGAGAAGUCCGAGAAAGAGGCGAAGAAAGUGAAGCUCCAUCAUCACCACAACCACCACCAACACUCCGAGCACCGGAGCCACCAGCCGCACCAGCUGCAGCAAAACCCCAAACCGCACAAGUUCAGCGCAGACAAACAUGUCCUGCACAGCCACCACCACCACCACCACCGUCACGGUUUCUCCAACGGUACGAAGAGCCUGCAGCAGCCGGCUCUCCCUCCUCCUCCCCCGGGGAGGAAGGUGUCGGAGCAGCUGCAGAAGAAGCGAGCGGUGCCCCAUCAGGAGCCACCUGCGCUCUUCACUUUCACGCCGCUCAAAAUGGUCAAGGCCAAGCCCCAGGAUUUCAAGGAAAAGCACCGGGAUAAAGAGCUGAAACUGAAGCUCAAGAAGGAAAAUACCGAGGCCAAUGUGAAACACGGCGAGCUGAAGAAAAAGAAAGAGCCAAGGCCCCACGAUGAGAAUGUGAAGUCUCUAACACUGGAGGAAUAUCUCCUGAAGAAGAAAAAGAAGAAGAAGAAGCACCGGGAGGAGGAGCACAGCGCCAAAAAGGUCCGGUACAUGCAUAACAAGGCGGUUCAGACUGUGUGUUCGGGGUUUGGCACAGAUCUUCCUCUGCCCGUUCGUCCUGAUCCGUCUCUUCCAGACACAGUGAAACACGAAAGCAGUCGGCAGCCCGCCAGAGACACUGUCGACAACCACCAGCCCUACCUCCACGCUCUCAAACUCGGACACGUCUCCUUCCUCUCCCACCAAGACCACUAUAUCCGCAGCUCCUGCCUGCAGACGGGUACCUGGUACGGACGCUUCAUGCACGAGGAAAAGCAAGCCAAUGGUGGGGGGUCAGUUCUGCACGCAUACGCUGAUGAGUUAGCUUGUCUCAGCCCGGCUGAGAUGGAGUGCUUUGCUCAGGAGUUUCUGGAGUUGGCUUUUGCCGAGAAGCCCAGAGGUGCAGCCAGGUACGCUUUGGCAGUGGUGCACCGCGCAGCCGCCUUCCUACCGGACUUCCUGGACUACUUUGCCUUCAACUUCCCCAACACGCCGGUCAAAAUGGAGAUACUGGGAAAGAAAGACAUUGAGACCACCACGAUUGCCAACUUUCACUCUCAGGUAAGCCGGACUUACUGUUCAGGAACGUACCGGUCCGGACCCAUGAGACAGAUCAGCUUGGUGGGCGCCGUGGAUGAGGAAGUUGGAGACUAUUUCCCAGAGUUUCUCGACAUGCUGGAGGAGUCUCCCUUUCUCAAGAUGACUCUACCGUGGGGAAGCCUCUCCAGUCUGAAGCUGGACUGCCGCUCUCAGAGUGACGACGGGCCCAUCAUGUGGGUGCGACCGGGAGAACAAAUGGUUCCCACUGCUGACAUGCCCAAGUCACCUUUCAAAAGACGCAGGUCCAUGAAUGAGAUAAAAAAUCUGCACUACCUGCCGAGGGCCAGUGAGCCCCGAGAGGUUCUGUUUGAGGACCGGACCAAGGCCCACGCUGACCACGUAGGCCAGAGUUUUGACUGGCAGAGCACUGCUGCUGUGGGGGUCCUGAAGGCGGUGCACUUUGGAGAAUGGAGUAAUCGACCUCGGAUAACCAAAGACGUAGUGUGCUUCCAGGCUGGGGACUUCAAUGAAGUUGUUCAGAGGCUGCAGCUGGAUCUGUACGAGCCCCCCGUGUCUCAGUGUGUCCAGUGGGUCGACGACGCCAAACUCAACCAGCUGAGGAGAGAGGGCAUCCGCUACGUCCGUGUCCAGCUCUGUGACGACGACAUUUACUUCAUCCCGAGGAACGUCAUCCACCAGUUUAAGACGGUGUCCGCAGUCUGCAGCCUGGCCUGGCACAUCCGCCUCAAACAGUACCACCCAGAGGGGAAGGACAAGGAGGAGGAGCAGCGUCCCAGUGAUCUCAGCCCCACCUCAGGCCGAUUCUCUUUCUCCUCUCCUGCCAGACCGGACGCCACCGUCACCCCGUGUGCACGACCACAGGGAGACAACAUCCAGGGUGGCGUGGCCAAAACCGAAGAACCAGAGUUUCAGAGGCCUGCAACGCCUCCUCAGGAGCCUCAGCCGGCCCCCCCACAGCCCACCAAAUCUGCUCACCUGCCACCAAGAUACCAGGAUCCCCACCUGUCCUUGGGAGCAGUCCACUCCGGAUGUACUAAAGAGCCCAGCCUUCCAAAGUCUCUCAGCCACACAUCAGAGUUCCCUAAAUGACCUUUCUUUACCCCCAAAAUCUCUCUCUCUCUGCCCACUUCGGGAGGAGCUUAUUUAAAGGAAUUGUAGACUAAAAACUGACAUCUGUGUCAAUCAGGAAGCCUUUAAAUUAUCUUUUUUUAUCUUUAAAAAUGACAAAAAAUGUUCACAUUGUAUGUUUUUCUGGCAAAAGUGACUUAAUGGCACACAUUUUGUUCUUUUUUUUAUUGAUAGCAUCGAAAACUGGAACUCUCUCCUGUCUCAUUUAAAAAGUGUGUAUCAUGUGAAGAAAGUAUCAUUUUUAGACUGACAAUAUGAGUUGCCAACCUUACUGUAAGAGACACAUACUUGAUUUAUGUUCAAGGCUCCGCUGUUUCUUUUUCUGACAGAACGAUUUCUUGAGAGAUGGAAGUCUGUGGCAGGUGGAUGAUUGUUUAUGUACAUAAUAUAAGAUUACUCUGGAAGCAUGAUACUGACAUUAUCCUUUUAUUCAUUUCAGUGACAGAGGCAUCUAGACUAAUGUUACGCAGGUGAUUUCCUCAAUUUCACGCAUUGAGGAUAUUGUCAGGUGUCUGUACAGCUUUGCCAUAUGAAUCGGAAGCUUAGGAUAUUUGAUGUUCUGGGUUUGUUAGAGACCGUAAACAUAAGAAACUAAAAAAUGACUUUUUUAAUUGAAUAGGCUACAUUUCCAUUAGGUUGAGACUUAAAGGACCUGGAUAUGACAUUCAGAGCAUAAAUAAAGCAGCAAACUACUAUUUGCUAGGUAAAGAGUUAGUGGAGGAAUUAGCAAAAAAUGAAGUCGCGCUUUCUCUGCGUGUUGUGAUCUGAGCUUCUCUGCUCUUUGUCGAGGUAGACGGUCUGGCGGCUCGUGAGUUCCUGUGUGUGCUUUGCACUGCGCUCACAUGGCUGUUACCACUGAUAAUGCUGUCCCGGCCCAAAUGCCCAUCCGACCAAUCGUGAGCAGCCCCACUGAAUGCAAGCGCACAGAUUAGCUGUCACAGCUAUCAAUCCUACUUUUGUAUCAUUAAAACCGAUCUUGUCAUAA